AUGCUCGCCCAUGCCAACUGGUGCUGGUACGACAGUGAGCUGGUGGUGACUUCCAUGCGCGACGACUUAGAGGUGGAACGCCAGGAAACGCGAAGCCUGCAGUUGCCCAGCCGCUUCGACACGCGGCUGGCAGUCAGCCGUGACGGCAAGAUUUUUGAGCGGUGCGGUGGGCGCAAGCCUUUCAUGAGACCCGGGCCGGAGGGAAGCUUUUCUUCCCGAGUGAUAUGGGAAAUGCCGAAUCCCAUUCGUGUCGGUGACGAGCUGUGGAUCUACUACACUGGGGUUAACUGGGAUGAGAACCGCAUCGUCGAUCCUACGGCGCAAAGCCAUCUCAGCGGAAUCGACCGUGCGGUUAUGAGAUUGGAUGGAUUUGUGUCGGCCGACGCGGAUUACAGCGGCGGCGAAAUCAUCACCCCGUCGAUUCGAUUCGCAGGCAGGCGGUUGGAAUUGAAUGUAGACACCAGCGCUGGAGGCUCGGUACUGGUGGAACUCCAGCAUGAGAACGGUCAGCCUGUACAAGGCUACAGCGAGAAGGAAGCCACGUUCAUAUGCGGCAACUCCGUUCGGAUGCCCGUGUGCUGGGGGGAGAGACAGGAUGUGAGUCAGCUAUCGGGAAAGCCGAUAAAGAUACGCUUUGUCAUGCGCGACUGCAAACUGUACGCGUUUCAAUUCAUAUCUGACCACACAGUUUCCCGUCAAUAA